GGUCCCCUUUAAAAUCUGUCAGCGCGGCGCUAUAAAAAUAAGCUCCUGACGAAUAUCUUUAAAUAUUUGGUCUUAGAUAUUUUAACAGCUACUUCAUUAACGAGUGCUUCAGUUAUCGAGGUGUUUCUAUUCUUGCAGAGUGACUGUCACACCCAUUAAAGAGUGGUUCAGAACAACAGAGUCGUUCGUCCGUCACUCUCGCAGCUGCCUGGAAAGCUAGUUUCAGACAGCUGGCUAGCCAAGGAAAUACCAUCAAAUCAUUGAUUAGCUAAUGUAUUUAGCUACAGUAUUUACAAAAGUAGCGGGAUCCUAUCCAGGAUAAGCAGCGAGUGGAGGAAAUAAAUUUCAACUGGCAGAUUAGAGAUGGAAGGAGACGACUGCAGUUUUCCUCCAGACUCGUCAGAUGACCACUCACAAAGAGGAAGUGUUGCUUCUUCUGCAACACUUUCCCGUGCUCAAGAUGUACUUAUAUACCUGUUUGGUGACAGUGCAGUCCACUUAUCUGUAGAAGGGCUUGGCAGUGUCACUGUGCAGGAGCUGGGCCGCAGUGUUCGUGAGGCUCUCCAUAUUCCUGAGUCUGCACAGGAUGCUUUUGCCUUCUGGUUGUGUUCUCCACUGCUGGAAUUGCAGUUAAAGGUGAGGCAUCAACCAUACAAACUGUGUCGGCAGUGGCAGGACCUGCUGUAUCGUUUCACUGAGGCCUCCGAGGAAGACAUUUCACAAGAUGAGCCAUUUCUCCAGUACAGACGGAAUGUGUUUUAUCCUAAAUCUAAAGAGCUGCAGAUCGAUGAUGAAGGAGUGCUGAAACUUCUGUAUGAGGAGGCCAGGAGCAACAUCCUCACAGCUCGAUACCCCUGCGAUCCCGAGCACUGGAUGGGUCUUGGAGCCUUGUCUUUUGCUAUUGAUGAGGGAUCUAGUCUGGACAGCCAACAGUUUACUUCUACCAUCAGAGAGAAGAAGCUGUCCUCUUUUCUGCCUGCACAUGUUGCCAUGGGGGGUGGAGGUCUCCUCUCCACUCUGAGGGGGAAGUCGAGCCGUCAGGCCGGGCUGGAGCAGAACCUGUUGGGGGAGUACAGAAAAAUCAGCACAUCUGCCGCAAGCCCUCCUGAGCCCACACAGCUCCUACACCAGUACCUCAACACAUGUCACACUCUGCCUUAUUACGGGUGUGCUUUCUUCUUUGGGGAGAUUGACAAACCAGCGCAAGGGAUCCUUCAGAGGGGAAAACGCAAAGCUGUCAACAUCGGGAUCUGUCUGGAGGGAGUUUAUGUGAUGGAUGUCAAAGAGAAGCAUGUCCUGCUCGGCCUGCGUUUCAGUGAGCUCUCCUGGGACCACAGCCACCCGGAGGAGGAGGGGGACUCGCACAUUCUGUGGCUGGAGUUUGAUGGAGAGGAAGACGGUACUCCUGUCAACAAGCUGCUAAAGAUCUACUCAAAACAAGCAGAGCUGAUGAGCGGCUUCAUUGAGUUCUGUGUGGAGCUGAAGUCUGCGUCGGAGGGAGGGGCUGCGGCUGACACGGACGGCGAGGUGAGCCAGUCUCCGCAGCCCGCCAGGAAAGACGACAGCAACAAGAAUGGACGUGGAGGAAGGCGGGGGAUGCUGCACAGACAAAGCAGUGUUGUGUGCAGUCGGGUCCAUUCACUUAACACUAUCAGCUACGUGGACAACGGGAAAGAAAUCAAACGCUUGAAACCAAAAAGAGCCGCGUCCUUCUUCACCCGACAGGCGUCUGCACCCACGUACUCUGCAGUGCAAGUGACAGAGAGUCUGGAGCAGGGUUAAACUCACAGAGCGGCUCUGCCCCGUUCCUCUCCAAGACCAAACCUGAACAUUUUACACUGAGAUUUAAAGAAAAGACUUGAUAUGAGUUUGAGACAUUUAACUGAUAAUAUAUGAACAUGCAAAGGACCAAGCGAGGGAUCUAAGUGCGUGUGACAAUAUUUAUCUUCUGAAGUUGUGUAUAUUAAGGGAGUGCAGCAAUGUGAAAAACAAAAAGAUCUUUUAACACCGAUGCUUCUGAGGUUAAACUGAAGUGGCUGUUCAUUAGAUGGCCUUAAAGAAAAUAUUCUGAUCACCAUAUGACGGACCUCCUUCAUAAGUCUGAGACAAGCCUUAGAGAAACCCUCAGACGAUGACUGUGUGAUAUCUCGUGACCUUUCUGCAGCGCUCUGGAGGCGGUUUUACUGCUAUUACUCAAGAACUUUAAACCUCAAAAGAGUAGAACCACUGCAUUACCUCUUUUUACUUUAACUCUUCUUGGGGAUUGAACACCAAGAAUGUUUCAGUACAUCCCCUUUAUAACAUUAACCAUCCUGCUCAGAACUGCAUGAGUUAGCACAAACUCUUUACAGUCAGCAGGGGACGAUCUGAGGGCGUGUUCCCACUAGUCUGCUUUUUUAAACUGCCAGUGCCUUGUUCUAAUGAAAGGGUGAAGCCACUUUAAAAAAGUACUUAGUACUUAGUGCUUGGUGUUACGGAUCAUAAAAAGUCUGUAUGGGAGCUCACUGGCUGUGUUGUGGAGGUUUCUUGUAAGUACAUGUACUUAAGAGUUUAACAUGAUUAAUAUUUGCUGAUAUUUGCAGCUAGUUACUGUGGAGAAACAAUGCAGGUGGUACAUCGCACAUUUAAAAAUGAACUUUUAUUUGUAAAAGCGGGAAAAGUGAAUUUGGUGCAAACGUGUAAAAUAACAGGAUAAAAUAGUAUUUCAAGUGUUUUACAGCUUCCAGGUGUAAAAGCCAAAAUUGCACGUUCACAGUAUCAAGUGCUCAUCGAGAGCUGAAGCUGAUUUACACCAACCGAAGAAUCGGAUCAGUCAGACACUAAACUACAUGUUAAGUUAGUAAAAAGAACUAAAUAUGAAUGUACUGUACCAUGCUGCUACUUUUACCACUAAAUGAUCUGCAGUUAUCCAGUUAAAACAUAUCACAUUCAAAGUUAAACUUGUAAAUCAGAACCAUCAGUACAGGUGACAUCCAGGCACAGGUCUGGACUCGACUGUCACCUGCUCGGUCAGAUCGGAUCAGCAAAGUACAAACUGAUGCAAUAUCGUACUUGUGCAACUUCUGACAUGAGAGAGGCUAAAAUAAGACAAACCUUCCUGUUUAACUGUGAUCUGCUGUGCUCUACACAAGCACAUUCAAACUGCAACUUAAAUGUCUAAGUUUCGGUUAAUGAUUGUUUUCCUCGCAAACACAAUCAUGGUUGACAUUAUUUGAAAGAAGACAGGGAACACUAUCUUUGUGUGAUGUUGCUGACACCUUGUUUUCAGCUUUGUGACAAUGCAUUUUCAAAUACUCCAGUGGGUUUAUUCAGGAGAAACCAAGUUAACUAGUGAUGGUAGAAAGUAGAAUUUUCUCAACCCAUGAAGAAACAUUUAAUGCUUCAAUUCAUCUGAUAAAUUAGAAAUCACUUUAUCCUGAGAUGGUUUUCACCGGACUGUGACAGUCUGCUCUGAGCAUAUGACACAGACCUUUUCGACUAUGCUGUUGAAUUCUCCGUCUGUACACCAAAGCAAGCCUAUCUAACAUGCUGCAACACAGAAUACUACCUUAACGCUCCAGAGACAGAAUUCAGAUGUUGCCGCAGGUGUCUCUCCGAACAUCACACCAACCCAGACACAGGCAGUUCCCGUCUCUGCUGCACGAUUAACAAACGUGGCCACCUCACUAACGGCCAUCGAAGAAGUUAUACAGCUGUAUAACACUGCCAUAUGUCCUCCUUUGAGAUGCGGUGCCAUCAUGCGUUCUUCCUGAUUAUCCUGAGCAUGUAAACUGCAAAAUGUAUUUCCAUUUCUAUGCUUUUGACUCGUACGUCAGCAACUGUCUGUCCCCUAACUGCAGCAGUAUAUUGUUGCUAAUGUACACUAUGCAUGUCACAUUGUAGAAUAGGCAUUCCGACAGACAUCAUGUGAUACUGCACUAUUAAUACUAAUACACUGUUUAUAAAUAUUUUACAUCUGCGGAUUGUUUUGUAUCGUUAGCUUUUAUGAGAGAAUAUUUUUACUUUCUUUUUCAUAUACUUGUCAGUGUUUGUACACUAGAAUGAAGAAAUAGGUAAUUUUAAGCAUUAUCUUCUCAAGCAGUCACUUUGCAGAAACAUUAAGUGCCUUUUUGUUUGUACCAAGUUGGCAUCUCAAUGACUGUUUUGCUACUUGGAAACCGGGAAAUUUGGUAUUGCUAUGGUUUAAAAAAAAAAAAAAAUUUGCAUUUUGUGACGUAUUUCCCACAUUUUCAGCUAGACAAUGCAUUUCACAUUUCCUAGCUCAUGUGAGUGUAACUACACUGAGCUGCUGUCAGUUUCUCUGUUGGUCAUUUCUGCCUUCAUUAACAUAUGUCCAAUAAGUUUUUUUUUUUAAAUAAACUGAUGCAAAGUGGCCGUUUCUCAGAGAAUAUCUGUGGAAACUUGUGUCUACCUACACCCUCAGUGUACUGAAGCCAUACUCCUGUUAACUAACAUGUUAUCUUGUGUGUGAUUUUAUUCCGCGUCAAUGUUUCUACCACAUGUUCUGCUCAGACAUGGAUUAUUGUAGAUUUAUUAUACAAUCAAAGCAGGAACUUCAUGGUGAGACCUGCUGUACCGUUUCAACUAGAUGCAUUUAAUAAAGUUCAGAAAAAUAAUGUAGUGUUAAAGUUUAAUGCUAGUAACAAUGUGGGGAUGUAAGCGUCAUAUAACACAUAUUUAGACAGUUGUUUUGUGAUUACUCCUCUUUUUUACAUUCACCUAACAAUGUUAUUUACUAUAAUUCGGAUUAUUUUCAAAAAUACCUGACUGAAUUCCUGCGACUAUAUUCCACUGUUACAGUAUUGUCCUUGAUGCAAUAUAUAAACUUUUAACAGAUUUUGAAUCUUUGACCAAUAAAAUUACAUUUGUUCUCUCUGAA